CUCGAUGCAGUGCGUAGGCGGUUGUCGUAGACGUAGCCACCACGUGCUACUUUGUCUGCAUACACAAGUCUUAAAUCACAUAUAUAAUUUCCCCACACUUACAACAAUACCAAAAAAAUAUUUUCAUUUCAAAUUCAAUCAAGAAAAACCACACCACUGAAAUAAUACAUAAAAAUAAAACGAAAACGACAUGCUCAACGUAUGCACAUAAAUAAUAUUUGUAAUUUAUUGAUUUGUUCAAUAUUUGUACAUGGCUUUGUAAAGUUCAAUUUAAGCAAAGUGGAAGUGAUUUCGGAACCAGUGGGUUAAUUUCAUAACAAAAAGAGAAAUUAUAAAUUUUCUUGCCCGGAACACAGCGUCGGUGUGCAUCAGAUGAAAAUUCAAUUAGUCUGACUGAUUUUUUUUUCGGGAUUACCUUAGUGAACAAAAUUACGUUCAGUGUUGUUCUUUUGUCACCAACAAGUGUCCCAACAAUCCGUAACUUUAUUGGUUACAGUUUGCUAGUGAGCUUCACGUUUCGUACGUGAAUCCAAUUUUAAGUUUAAGUUUAAGUUCAAAGUGCAGAAAAGUAUGAUUGCAGAAUCAAUUACGGAAUAAUAAACCUAACAGAACACGUUUUACGGACUAUGUACUUAGCCAGAAUAUUUAAGUGGAAAUAAUGGCUACAACAACAAAAACAACAAAUCAUAAUCAAAGUUUCGUAAACAAGUGUCUGGAUGGUGAUUCAUUCGACAGUUUUGCACAAAGUAGAAGAUCGACGAGGGCUGCUAGCUUGGCAUUACCGAAUAAUGCAUUCGUAGAAUUCCUAGAUGACAGCCCAGUGAAAAUUGUCAAGCACUUCAAUCUGGCACCACCAUCGGCAUCUUCAAUUAACAUAAGACGACAUUCAUCGCACCAUUGUCCGAUCAUUGAUAAAGUAUCCGAAGAACAAAAAUCUUUACAAACAGUGCCAGUGUUGCCGCAAGUACCAACAUCCCAACCUCCGCCCGUACCGAAACGCACAUUCAAACCAGCAUUUGACAAUUGUAACAACUCAAAUGAGCCGUCGCCAAAUGAGGAAGUUACACGGAGAAACUCUAAGAAGACUUUAAAGAAACAGAAAAGUCGAAAACAAUCGGAAAUCUCAUUUUCAGCUGAAUCGGAUGACGAUUUACUUAGCAAUGAAUCGGUCUUUGAAGAUUUGCCAAGGGGUGAUAUGCCGAUUUUUGAAAAUUCUAAGCCAUUUCUCAGUUCGAAUCGAUCGUCAAGCGAUUCAAACAAAUCUCAGACAACGAUUGACACCGGUUACAUAUCUUCCAAUGAGAAUGACCGCAUGUUUUUUGGUGGUUCGGACAAUUUCAGAAGUCGAUUUUCGUCAGUUGAAACCCAAUCAUCGCUUGAUAGUAACUCGGAUAUGAAAAUAUCGCCAGUAUCCAACCAACAAGUGGCCAAUCAAUAUUCAAGAAACUUUUACAAAUCGAAUGCAAUCAAUCAAGCACUACCCAAAGUUAAUGAUGGCAAUUUCCGAUCCCCACCAAUUCCAUUGCGGAAACCGAGUUCAGUCCCGAAAAUUCCACCACCGGUCAAUAUUUCAACGAGACCCAGAAAUAUUCCACCUGUUCCUCCAGUACGUUCGCAGAUAUCAUUGGAUUCAGCUAAAAUGGCUAGAAAUUCCAGCAGUCACCCUAACACCAAAAUUUCGCCGAACGGAUGCAACAAUGCUAGAAGUGUAACUAAGCCGCAAAUUCACCAUCCGAAAUUGUGCAGUCGUCAGGAUUCGAGUGUGUCAAGUGAUAGCUAUUCGAUGACUUCAAGUCCUGGUUAUAACAAUAAGAGCAUGGAGGCACCACUGUUACAGCAUGCUAGUAAAAUCAAUAAAUCUGUUAUGCGUCAUCAGGAUUCGUCAGACAGUUUUGGCAUGACCUCAAGAUACAAUUUUACGGGACGGCCUAAUGUUCGUCAGGAUUCCAAUGUGUCAAGUGAUAGUUUUAGUCAAACGUCUAGCCCUGGAUAUAAUACCAAACUCAUGGAUGCACCAUUGCUGAAUCAUGCAGCUAUUAAACUGCAAACAAAUAUCAAUAAAGUAGCAGUGGCAAAGCAACAACGGAAAGGUAUUGAAGAUAUAACAGAUGAAAUUGCUGAAAUCGUUCCCACCUCACCCAUAACAAAAAGUGCUUCGACUCCAGCGAGUCUUCAAACGAUCGUAAGGUUUCAAAACGGUUCAAAUAUGUCAUUGCAACACAAAAUUAUGAAACGACGCAAAAGUUCGAAUCCUUAUGUGACCAGAGGUCGUUUACAGUUCCGGAUGCUUCAGAUCCUGUUGAAUGCAGUCGCACUACUAGUCAUAGCCGGCGGACUUGCAGCAUAUUUCAAGGCUUACCCGACCGUUAAGUUUGUGAAUAAAACCAUUAUUGCACAGCCAGGAUAUCCAACGGAAGAAGUUAAGGAAUCAUCGAUAAUGGGACGAAAUCCCGCACCCGGUGUUUGUCUACCGAUAAUCGUCAAGUUUUGCGAAAAUGCUCCUUAUAAUUACACAGUUUUUCCAAAUUACAUUGGACACUUCGGUCAACUUGAUGCAGACGAGGAACUGGAAGCAUACGAGGCACUGGUUGAUGUAAAGUGCUACGAAUUGGUAUCACUCUUUUUAUGUUCAAUUUUUGCACCAAAAUGUGGUUCGACUGGCGCUGCUGUUGCACCAUGCAAAUCGUUAUGCAUUGAAACAACUCAUCGCUGUGGAUUUUUCUUCGAUGUUUUUGGAUUAGGACUGCCGGAUUAUUUGAAUUGUAAAAUUUUGACUGAUAGCAAUGACCCAGACGUGUGCAUUGGCUUUAAAGAGGUGCAACAAGCGAAGAUUCGAGCUCAAAGACCAACGUGCUCGGGGUUUUUGUGCGACAAAAAGAGAUGCAUUCCGUCAGAUUGGAAGUGUGAUGGCCAUGUGGACUGCCAGGACCAGUCUGAUGAAUCAGACUGUGACGCGUGUGGUGCCGGAGCUAUAUACUGCGGAGAAAAGAGAUGUAUGAGCCAAAAGCAUGUUUGUGACGGUAUAAUCGAUUGUCCGUACGGCCAAGAUGAACGAAAUUGCAUUCGUCUCAGCGAUCGUUACGGUGACAUUGGGAAGGGUACUCUUGAAGUAUACAAACCAGAUAUUAAACUCUGGGUCCCAGCUUGCAUAAAUGAUAAUUGGGACCACUCAACGUCUCCUUCGACAGUAUGCACUAUGCUCGGAUACAGUUCAGUCAACUCAAGUAAACUGAUAAUGCGAGAAACCAAACUACCGAUGUCGUACAACAAAGACACGCAAGCUAUGUGGCGAAGUUCUCAGAAGAAGCACUCGAACAUAUUGAAACAGUUCAACAGCUGCCCGGUCAACGGAAAUUAUCAAACUGUCGAUUUGACUUGUACCAAUUAUGAAUGUGGAAAGAUUCGAGCGAGAAAACAUCGCACAAGAACAAGAAUUGUGGGUGGUACAGUUUCUAGUCCAGGUGAUUGGCCAUUUAUUGCAGCUAUUCUCGGUGGACCGGAAGAAAUAUUUUACUGUGCCGGUGUUCUAAUUUCCGAUCAGUUUGUUUUAACCGCAUCACACUGCGUAGGAAAUCACACCUUACGAAAUAUCAACGAUUGGACCAUUCAAUUGGGGAUUACCAGAAGGCAUUCGCACUCAUACUAUGGUGAAAACAUGAAAGUUCGACAAGUGAUUCCUCAUCCACAGUAUAAUUCAGAGAUAAUUCAUGACAACGACAUAGCACUGUUUCAGCUGGAAUCAAGAGUGGCGUUUCACGAACAUUUACUGCCAGUUUGUUUACCACCUUCUGGAAUGAAAGAAUUGAAACCGGGAACAUCGUGUACGGUUAUCGGCUGGGGUAAAAAGGAACUCAAAAAGGGUAAGCUAUUUCCAUCGCAUUCGUCUAUGACAAUUAUUAUCACCAAUUUGUCUUUUAUUUUUUACUUAUUCCGUUCAGGGAGCGCAGCCUAUGAGCCCACAGUGAAUGAAGUGCAAGUACCAGUUCUGCACCGUGAUCUUUGCAAUGAUUGGCUAGUUCAAUUGAAUGUCACCGAAGGAAUGAUAUGUGCCGGUUACCAGGAAGGAGGAAAAGAUGCCUGUCAGGGUGACUCAGGCGGACCCCUUUUGUGCCGCGAUCCAAACGACCGAGAACGCUGGUUCGUCGGCGGUAUCGUGUCUUGGGGAGUGAAAUGUGCUCACCCUAAGCUACCGGGUGUGUAUGCCAACGUACCCAAAUACAUUCCAUGGAUACUUCAACAGAUGCAAAAGUAUUCCAACGUAAACAUUUAUGAUAAUGACAAUAAAUAAAAUUAAACUAAAAAAAAGAAAAUAAUUUUUAAGAGUCCGAAAAUGUGACAAUAAA